UUCGUUUCUCAUCUCUAUCCCCGCCACAUGGAAGAAUGAAGAGUGGGGGGUCGGUCCUCUUCCUCCUGCUUCUCUUAGGCGCCUUGCCGCCCUCCUCGCCGGAGAGACAGCAGCAGCAGCGACGAGGAGGAACUGGAGGCAGCGGGAGAGUGGCCGAGAGUCGCCCGCAGAAGAAAGCGGCCAGAGCGGAGCAGACCUACACGUCUCGGCUCAAGCGGAAAGGGCUGGCCGUGGACUUCACCUUCUCGCCGCUGUUUCGAAACUACCUGUUAGAAUUCUUCGGGCGGGCGGCGGACGCCGACUGCCGCCUGCUGCUGGACUGCGAGGCUCUAGCGUCCGCCCUGGAAGGUACCGCCGCACACCGGGACGGCAUCGGCAUCAGCGCCCGGAGCGGCUUCGAGGAGACCGGCUCCAGCGCAGCAGCGUCCCCUCAGCCCGCCAAGCGGAGACUGAAGAAACAGCAUCAGCCUAACCAGGUGGUCCUGGAGGUGGGCGCAUCCGGAGAUACCGCCCGCUGCCGGCCGCAAACCCCCCAGCGGCAGCCAGCCGCCCCCCUCCUCUACAACUUGACCCGAGUCUUCCUGGCGUGGAGCAGCUCCUCCGAGGGACGCCUGAGGAUCCGCCUGAUACCCGAGAGGAGAGCCCGUGAGUCCUACCCACAGCGGGAGGAGAUCAUCUCCGCCGCGAUCAGAACCUCCGAGCCCAGGGUUCGGCUCCACGUCUCCUUCGCAGUUACAGGAGUACCUCAAUCUGAAGGAAAUGGAUGGAUUGUAAAUAAUAGUCCAGCUGCUUGGAACUUCACCUGGCUGCUAAAAGAUGACACACCUUUGUCUACAUAUCAAAGACCACAUGAUUUCUACUGCGAUUUUGAGACGGAAUGUGAGUUGGAGUAUUCCUCUGAUGGUGAAGACGGAUUGACAGCUUCGGUGAUUGCGACACCAGAGGAUCUCUCGUUCGUCACUGAUAUUGACGUGCCAGAUCAAGAUUACUCUGAGAAAUCAAGUGAUGGUCAUUUUCUUUUUCUGAAUGCAUCACAGUAUACGUCCUUCCUGUUGCUGAGUCCAUGGCUGACCAGCAUCAGUGAGCGCUGCACCUUGGAGAUGGCCAUUUACCUACAGGACUCAAGGUCAGGAGAAUAUGUUGUUCAGCUACUUCACAACAAUGAAAGCAAGACAGUCCUCAUGUCAUCAGAAAGUGAGGCAAGAACUGGGUGGACGGUGCUUCAGGGGAGAGUAGGAUGUUUGGAAGAGUCUUUCCGGAUCUCUUUGGAAUAUAAAAGAAAUAACGGAAGAAUCUGGGAGUUGGCAGCUGUGGACUCAAUAAUUUUGAAAAACUGCAAUGAAGGUCCUUUGACAGGCUCUAGGACAACACUCGAGGGAUCGUUCACUUGUCAGAAUGGGGCAUCUAUUAAACUAAGACAGCUCUGUGAUUUCAACAACGACUGCAGCAAUGCUGAAGAUGAAGGAACGGUCUGCAAUAACCUUCCCACCGGCUCAUACUGUUCCUUUGAAGAGGAGGAAUGUGGAUGGUCAUCUGUUACCUCAGAGGUGGAUGAACCAAGUUGGAAAUUGAAGCAAAGUCGGUCUGUCAACGAAGAAGAGAAAAACAACCUGUGUUAUUCAGAAGAUCACGCCCUGUUCCUGAACACUAAGGAGACUCUGAUAGCUGACUUCAAUGAGUUGAGAAGCCCAAUUUUUCCAACUCCUAUCCGGAAUUCUGCAUGUGAGGUUCGUAUGUCUUUAUGUUUGUAUGGAACACUAGUGGGAAAUCUUUCCUUCUUGGUUGUGGAAAACAAGACAGAUGAGGAAUACAUCAGGACACUGUGGGAAUUCGCAAAUAUUACUGGCUCGGGAAGCUGGCAAAAGGCAACAUUGAAAUUGCCAGAUGUAUCUGACAGGUUCUGGCUUCAGCUGAACACUGUAUGGACUGAUGAGUCAACUGCAAUCAUUGCACUGGAUAAUGUAACUCUCAGCCUUGAUUGUUAUCUAUCAAGCAACGUAGACAGCUCUCCCAUAAAUCAAUCUGCCAAUACAAAUCAAUCUCUGCUCGGCCGAGCCUUUGUGGACAAGACUGUUACAGCUGCUAGUAAGAAAGUACAAGAGGAGACUGAAGUCAAUGCUCUGUCGGGCCCAUGGAUUAUUAGGACAUGUGGUGCCAGUGGGCCCAAAGGACCUACGCAGACCCAGUGCAACAAUGCGUACAAGAAUACAAGUACUUCUGUGGUGGUUGUAGCUAAAGGUUCUUGGAAGGGCAUUCAGAAAUGGAGAGUACCAUCAACAGACACAUACAAGAUAUCAGCAUACGGAGCUGCUGGAGGCAUAGGAGGAAAGGGAAACUUUAGAAGAUUUCAUGGUGUGUUAGUGCAAGCCAUUUUCCAACUAGAAAAAGAUCUAAUUCUAUACAUACUGGUUGGACAACAGGGAGAAGAUGCUUGUCCUAAUAUAAAUCCCACCAUCCAGAGUGUUUGCUUGGGAGAGAAUAACGUGAUUGAGGAGGAGUUAAAAGCAAAUGGCAAUGUCACUGAGUGGGCAGGAGGUGGAGGAGGAGGUGGAGGAGCCACGUUUAUCUUCAAGAUGGAUAACGGAGAGCCAAUACCACUGCUGAUAGCAGCGGGUGGAGGUGGCAAAGCCUACCUGAGUAAAGAUUCCGGUUUCCCAGAAGAGAUGCUAGAAACUGAUUCCUCUGUUCCGGGUGUAAAUGGGAGGUCGGGUGCUGCCGGGGGUGGUGGUGGCUGGAGUGACGUCACUAUACCACCGUGGUCUGGCAAAUCACUGACCGAAGGAGCUGAAGGUGGACAAUCCUGCCCACAGGCCAUCAAGAAAUGGGGCUGGAUAACACAUGGAGGUUUCGGAGGAGGAGGAGGAGCUUGUACAGCAGGAGGAGGUGGUGGGGGCUACAUAGGUGGAAAUGCAACUGAGAAUAAUCGCCCUGAAAAAGAUGGUGGCUGUGGAGUUUCUUAUAUUAGCCCAUUGGGUGAAAUCUACACCCCACCACUGGCAGUUACAGAAAGCCAUGGGGAGGUUGAAAUUGUGCUGCAUUUAAAUUGUAGCCACUGUGAACAUAAUGACUGUGUAUUUGACCAUAUUAAAGAAGAACUCAUCUGUUUGUGUGAAUCAGGAAAGAUAUUGGCUUCUGACAGUGUAACCUGCAUUUUACCCCCCGAGGGCCACCUGCCCCUCUCCCUGGUGCUUUCGGUUGUGCUGUCAGUUGUGAUCGCAGCCUCGCUACUUGCCUUCUCUGGAAUCAUGAUUGUGUAUCGCCUCAAACACCAAGAACUGCAAGCCAUGCAGAUGGAAUUACAAAGCCCUGAUUACAAACUCAGUAAGCUGCGAACUUCAACCAUCAUGACCGACUACAAUCCCAACUACUGCUUUGCUGGAAAAACUACGUCCAUCAGUGAUCUCAAAGAAGUUUCCCGUAAAAACAUUGUGCUCAUACGGGGCCUGGGACAUGGAGCCUUUGGUGAGGUGUAUGAAGGUCAAGUGACUGGUGUUCCAGGUGAGCCCAGCCCUUUGCAAGUUGCAGUGAAGACAUUGCCUGAGGUGUGUUCAGAACAGGAUGAGUUGGAUUUCUUGAUGGAAGCCCUAAUAAUUAGCAAAUUCUGCCAUCAAAAUAUAGUGCGAUGUAUUGGAGUCAGCCUGCAGGCUCUUCCUCGCUUCAUUCUCUUGGAGCUGAUGGCAGGAGGAGACAUGAAAUCGUUCCUUCGAGAAUAUCGACCUAAACCGGGACAACCAUCAACUCUCAACAUGUUGGACUUAUUGAAUGUGGCUCGUGACAUUGCUCGGGGUUGUCAGUACCUGGAGGAGAACCACUUUAUCCAUCGGGAUAUAGCUGCAAGAAAUUGCCUUCUUACUUUCAAAGGUACAGGACGAGUGGCUAAGAUUGGAGAUUUUGGAAUGGCUCGUGAUAUAUACAGGGCUAGUUAUUACAGAAAGGGUGGUCGUGCUAUGCUCCCAGUGAAAUGGAUGCCACCAGAGGCCUUCAUGGAAGGAAUAUUUACUUCAAAAACAGAUACUUGGUCCUUUGGAGUGUUACUGUGGGAAAUCUUUUCACUUGGGUACAUGCCGUACCCCAGUAAGAGUAACCAAGAAGUGCUGGAGUUUGUCACAAGUGGUGGUCGAAUGGAUCCACCCAAGAACUGCCCUGGUCCUGUAUAUCGAAUUAUGACUCAGUGUUGGCAGCACCAGCCAGAAGACAGGCCUAACUUUGCAACCAUACUGGAACGAAUUGAUUAUUGCACACAGGAUCCUGAUGUAAUAAACACUUCCUUGCCUGUAGAAUAUGGGCCUCCAGCAGAAGAAGAAGGAAAUGUUCCGGUACGCCCAGAUGACCCUGAUGGAUUAGCGCCUCUUUUAGUUUCACCAGCACAAGAGGCUGAGAGCCAAGGAGCUUCCACUGACCUUGCCCUGCCACCCCAGCGUCCAACCAGCCUCUGCCUUGGUGAGCACCGGGUCAAAUUUGUUCCCAAUGAUUCCGCCGUUGUACAUACCGGAAGGCCAGCUGAGGAUGGGUCUCAUGUCAAUAAAACGUACUCACAAAUGAACAACUCUUCUGCUUCACAGCAAGGUAGGGGCUCCCGGAAAAAACCCACCAACCUCUGGAACCCUACGUAUGGGUCAUGGUUCACAGAAAAACCUGUCGUGCAAAACAACAACACUUUGACUGACAACAACAGGCCACCAGAAAGGGAAGAUUCUGGUUUCCAUGCCAGUGGUGGUACUUCUACUGCCAUCCCAAAUUCCAGGCCUCAGGCGUCUGCUGUUGUACUAGAACCUUCUUCCCUUGUGGCCAGUACAUUGGAUGUGCCUCUAUUCCGCCUGCAGCAUUUUCCUUGUGGGAAUGUGAGUUAUGCACUCCAACAGCAGCAGCAGCAACAACAGCAGGGAUUGUCUCUGGAAGCUACAUCUGCUUGUGCUACUUUUAAGGAAGACUACAACUCACAUGUUAAUAAGGGCUUACCUGCCCAGCAGGACCCACGUGUUCACCCAGUUGCCAAUAUCCCCACUUGGGACUCAGGACUCUCUCUAGCAGAGGAUGUAAAUGUCACUAUACUGUAAAUAAGCAAAACAAACAGGUGGCUCUACUUGAGCAAGUAUCACACCAAGCAAACAAAAAAGCAGCAGCAAGUACUAUUUGGCACACGAGACUGGAGCAGAGUUUUUAUUUUCAGCUGAAAAUAUGGUGAGAGCCGCAUGUGGAUUUGUGGUAAACUCACUGCUGUUAAUGCAUGUGAAGACAUCAGGCCCAUGUACAGGUAAUCCUGGGCUGAAGUUAGAAGUACAAGAAAGCCACUGCAACACCAACUCAGCUGAUUUAGAAUUUUACAGUAACUUUUGAAGGAAAAUAGUGUUUUGAAGUUAAGAUUCCACAACAAAAAAGGUGUACUGCAUCAAGUUCUCCACUGGUAUUCUUUUUUCUAGAUUGCACAGCGAUCUCGUAGUUACCAUAUCUCUCUGUCCCUUUGCUCACUUGCACAAUCAAGGCACUCCAAGGGAAAGAGAUGAUUAGGCUUGAAAACUGAGGAGAAUCUUAAGGAUCUUAAAAGAACCAUCUUGUAUUUAUAUAACGCCCUUCGCGAUCUCAGUCUCUCAAUGUGUCUCAAAGUACUUCACACCCAAUCGGGUAAUUUUGCGAACAAUGUCGUAAUCUAGGGAAACUAAGUGAGAGGUUCUUUAUGCAAAAUCAUUGGGAGCGCAUGGAGAUUUGACACUCUCUAAAUUAUGGCACAAUCUCACUACAGUGGUGAUCUCUGCUAUUGAUCCCACUCAAAAGUUGGUAUCAGUGAAUGAUAACUUAAUCUGUGUACAGGUGCCAGGCACUCUCCCAAGACUAGUGGUAGCUUUCAGGAGUACAUCUGGCCCAAGAUGUUCUUACAUAUGCUGGUGUGUGCCCAGCCUUGGAUGGUGUUCCAUUGCCCUUCAACCCACCAGGAAACCAGUAAGCAACAUUCCCUCAGCUACCUUUAGAAGGGGGUACAUGUAGGCUUAAAUUAAAAUUGAUUUUGAUCCUCAGGGUCUAUACCUCUUUCUGGCAGAGAACUCUAAGGUAGACCCAUAGACACCCAAGAGGAGUCCAGUAUAAUUACCCUGACUGAAAAUAUCAAUCUUCUUUAAGGGCAAGGUUGCAGUAACUCCUGAUGAAUGGAAGUCUCAACUUCAGCCUCAAUCCCUGACCUUCCAAACUUCACCAGUCUGAAAAGGGCAGCUGGACACUCCACCUCUUACAAAGUCAAAUGGGAAGUACACCCAUAAAUGCUGUAUCUAGAUUCAACCUUAUUUUAUGGACCUCCUGCUGAUUCCCACUUGCUCACUCAAAUUUCCACCGGUGGUCCACUGGAAAGAACAAAGCAUCACAGUCCCACCAUAUAGGAAAGGCGAAAUCCAUUUGGUCACGUCAAACUUCCUUGUGGUUAGCCUAUCAUGUAAGAUCGUAUGAGACCAUUCAUUCAUCAUUUCCAUUCCAAAGUCAAUUUCCGCUAAACUGGGAACUGUCUAAAUUCCGUUUAAACUUUUCACCACAGCGAUGUUUGCAACAAGUCAACAAUUGUUUAAAAAAAAUUCUGUGAACUCAAUGAUUCCAGAAGCCAAAGUUAAUGUACAGUGAAAGUGCAAUGAGUUGAUUUGCAAGGGAUGUACACACAGCGUUGUAUAAAGUGGAGGUUUGAGAUUGCUGAGGAGCCCCCUUUGCAGCCCAAUUUGCCAACAAAUGCACUGUAUGGCAAAAGAAAAUCAAAAAAUUAAAACACAAUAAAGCACUAAACAUGUAAAAAGUGUGUUUGUUUUCAGUUUGACCAUACCUUAAAAACUCAGCAAUCUUUUUCUGCUUAGCAUUCCAACUUUGGAUGAGUGUGCUAUCAUCUGCCAUGUUAUCAGUGUAGCCAGUCAUGUUUCUGGCGUUUUUGUCCUGCAGUGUGAGAUCUCAGAGCAUCUCCACUGCCUUGAAACAGGUGAGUGAGCGGGUGGAUAUUCAUUUCAUUCAUCAGGGUCACUGGCUCCCCUCGGGCUCCACUGUUGAAGAACGUAUUACCUUCUAGUUGUUCAGCACACUGUGUCACUCAAUGUCAUUUUCCAUGGCUGUUUCUGCUGGAAGCCCGUGGCCAGCCUCCUGAAGGUGAACCAAAAAAAAGCUUCAAGGUUUAGGGUAUCUCAUCCCACAUCUUGCUGUUUUGCGCAGUUGUAACCUGUCUAAAUCCAUGUGGUUCAACCCGUUGGAAAUUGUUGCUUCCAUCACCGUCUUCCACAUCUUCUCAUGAAUAUUGGCCUCUGUAACAGUUUGGUUGUGUUCCUGCCCCUUAUUUAUAGCCUUAACAACCCGCAAGAUCAACUGCUGUCAGUGGUGGGUUUCAGCUGCCUAAUUACCUCUUGAGUCAUUGGCGAGAGCUUUGGAUAUGGUGUUGAGAGGCGUUAUGAGAGCUUCCACUUUUGAGGUUAGUGAUGUGAGGCUGCAAGAUCAAUUGUCUGCAAUAGUGACAAUCUCGCUUUUCUUCCAUUGAUACAUUUCCCUGACACAUGCUCAAAAAGUGCUGGAGGUUUUCCAUGCAACUUUAUUGCCUCACAUUGUGGUGGUAGUGUCUUGACAUUUGAAGAGCAAUGCAAUGUGGCUUCUUGGACUUACCUGUCACAAAAACAGCAGCUUUUCAGUCCUGUCCAGGAUGGCGCAGACCAGUGCAUUGACACAUUCAUUGCUCCGUUUUCCACUAUUUCAUGUUUUCAAAAUCAAAGUGUGACCUGGAAAAAAAGACAGUAAAACAGUUUGGUUUCAUUCCGUGUUAGCAGUGUCUCUUGGUGUGCACUCAUUCAGGAUAUGGGUAAGACCAUUCUGCAGCCAACACUCUGUCAUUGCUUUCAUAACUCCAUAGCCUCACUGCACACUGUGCCUUAUCUUCAAUCAAUCCAGUCAUCCAUCCUUGCAGGUAAAUUCCUUGGCUCAGCCUCUUUGCCAAGGCAUUCCCUUUUCCUGCUGGAUUGGAGAGUUGGGAUAAUUCUUUUGCUCAAGCCAUGUCAGCUGAACUUCUUCAAGGUCAGGACAGGCAACUGUUCUGAUCCUUUUCCUUUCAGGGGACAAUGCCUGAAUGUUGAAACAUUCCAAAAUGCAUCAAAAUUGUUUGCCUACUCAUUGGUGGACUCUCCCAUUCUUUAGUGGUAUUCAACUUUCAAUUUGCUACAGCUUUCCACUCACUAUGUCAAUUUAACUUUGUCUGCAAAUGACAGCUCUUUAUCUUUCUCACAGAUUUAGUGACGCUUGCAUGGUGUGAAUUUACAUCUGCAGGAGAUAUUGAUGCCAAAAGAUGGCUUGCACUAAACUCUGCGAUUUUGCACUCCAGUGUGGCCUAACUCUGUUCUAAUUGUUCGGCAAAAUCAUUUGAGGAGCUUGCCCAAACUGGCCCAAUCUGGAGGUGCAAAUCUGAAAAUUCAGUUUAUCAUGGCAUCAUUCUAUUGGAAUUGCUAUUCUGCCAGCCGGAACUGAUUGACAACUGCGGCACAGCUGAAAUUUCAGAUUGUCUAAAUUCAAUUCGUUGUGAUUUUACUGUAAAAGCUCUGGCUGCCAUGGUGUAAUGGUGAGCUCGCGUGCUUCUGACCGCUGCGAUCCGAGUUCAAGUCUGGGGGCAGCCUAUUUCCUGGGCCAGUUAGUGCUCAGCCUCGGGAAGUCACGUUUUUAGGGUGGCACGGUGACUCAGUGGUUAGCACUGCAGCCUCACAGCGCCAGGGACCCGGGCUCAAUUCCAGCCUCGGGCAGAGUUUGCACAUUCUCCCCGUGUCUGCGUGGGUUUUCUCCGGGUGCUCCAGUUUCCUCCCACAGUCCAAAGAUGUGCAGGCUAGGUGGAUUGGCCAUGCUAAAUUGCCCGUAGUGUUCAGGGGUGUGUGGGUUAUAGGGAGAUGGGUCUGGGUGGGAUGCUCCAUGAGGCGGUGUGGGCUUGUUGGGCCGAAGGGCCUGUUCAACACUGUGGGAAAUCUAAUCUAAUCUAAUCUAAUUCUUCAAGCUUAAGUCAUAAAUAAUGAAUUGCCCAGAAAGUAAACUAAAUGGGAAUUGGUUAAGUUGGUUUGGUAGUUUCAACAGGCAUACAGCCUUGAUUCUAAGUAGUUAGUUAUCCUGAUAUCCAUAAUAAUAUCCAGGUGAGAAUCAAACCUUGCAGAUUGAAUUGUCAGGCAGUUUGUGAGUAUAGAGCUUACUGUCACUAUCAGUGGGGAUGGAUCCUUCCCUGCCCCAUAUUCAUUGAUAUUUCUGGAGUGAGUGAAUGAAUUCUGUAGCAAUACAAAAAUUUAGGAGCCCAAAAGCCACAAAAUUUUUCCACAGAUCAACCCCAUAAUUUUACCCUACUCCGCAUCUCACCCCACCGAGAAAUACAUCAGCACGUUGACCAUAUUGCAAUGCCCACUCCAAUGUCUUUCCCCAAUUCCGUUUGAUAACUUUUAACAAGGAAGAUGGAAAUCUCACCCCUGGCUUUACUUCAUAUUAACAGCAGGUCUCCAACGUAAAGCACCUGUAGCACGUUAGAACAAAAGAUUGACUUUAGAGCUGACUUCCACUAGGUUACAACAUGACAUGACAGCUGCUCUGUUACAUAUCAACCCUGAGCCAGAUUCAGAUCAUCAAUAACUUUGCACAAGUUUCUCUGUCAUCCUUGACGAUAAAUUUUAUCUCACCUGUUUAUGUUCACUUCCUUAUAUUUAACUUGAAAUAGCAAAUGAGACCGGGAAUCGUGUUUGUAUCUUAAUGUCAACUGGUAUUUGCAUUUUCCAGGGGGAAGGAUGGCUGUACAGAAUAAGAAUGUAAAUACACUGGUUAUUUCUUCUUACAGUAACUGUUCUGACUUUAUGAAAACAUUUGUCUACAUAUUAUUGCACUCUAAUCGUAAGUAAUUGUGUGAAGCACUUUGAGAUAUUUUGAUGCUCUGUAAAUGCAAAUAUUCCUUUGUUUAAUUCAAGGAGAAUCCUGUGUAAUGUCCUGUGAGAUGGUAUUACAUUCAUUCAAAAAAAAUGUGGAUGUUAUUUGACAGUCUGACGUUCAGCUGCCUCAGAGAGAUCAAUCUUUUAGUAGCCAGGAAGCCAGCUUUUGACUUGCCAGUCGAAAAAGAAUUGCAACGGACUGAAAGAGACCAACAGGUUUACAAAGUUAAUGUGCCGCUUUAGGUGCAAGAACUACAAGUUAUAGGCAGCUAACAAUCUCAAAGGAGGUAGUGACAUCUUUAACUAAAUAUAAAUGUCCAUUACAUCUGUUUCCAUACUGUUCAGACAUGUGGUGCCAUGGUGAAACUGAUUCCUUAUCGGUUGAUGUUGACUGCAUGGUCACAAGCCUGAAUACUCCAUAACUUUGAACAUAGUGGUGUUAAUGUGUGACAUUUCUGCAUAGAGGUCAUCAGUUGCAACUCCUCCCUGGUGAUCAGUUGGCAUUGUAAAGUUACUAUUAGAUGCAUGGACCUAUGAUUGUUUUACACCAAGCAUAAUUAUCAGUUACAAUGAAUAGGUUUUGAAGUCAUGUAUUUUAAAAGAGCUGGAUGUUAAAAUUGAAAAUCAAUAAAACCUAGAAAUCACAAUAUUAUUGUUAAAAUGCUCAGUACAUUUGUAUGAGAGUUAUUUAUCAACUAGUUCAAUGGAAGUAUUAGCCUUUUCAAUUUAAGAAGAUUGAUACUCAUGGUAAAA